AUGGCUAAGGUGAUGUUUAAUGCCAAAAAGCUUCCGAAGAGACUUCAGGUUGAAGCCAUAAAUAUAGCAUGUCACAUUUCCAACAGAGUGUUUCUUAGAAAAGGUACCAAUCAAACUCCUUAUGAGUUAUGGAAAGGUAAGAAACCUGAUCUCUCUUUCUUCCAUGUCUAUGGAUGCAAAUGUUAUGUGUUAAAUGAUAGAGAGAAAUUGGGAAAGUUUGACGCAAGGAGUGAUAAGGAGGUAUAUCUUGGAUAUUCCUCAAAUAGUAGAGCUUUCAAGAUCUAUAACAUGCGUACUGAACGCAUUAUACAAUCUUUUAAUGUUGUGUUUAUUGAUGUGGAAGAUUUUUUAGAAUAUUCACAAGAAGGUGAAAUUGGUGAAAUAUCUGCUCCGACAAUUGGACAUCAUCUUGCCGAUGAAGUUGUUUCUGGUUCUUCAUUACAUAAUAAUGGGAUUGAGCUUACUGUAGAUUUAACUAAGGAGAUUGCACAGAGAAAUAUUUCAAGAAGGAAAGAUCCAAAUGAGAGCCAAAGAACGCCAAACAAGCUCUUGAGAAUGAUUGCUGGAUGGAUGUCAUGCAUGAAGAGCUUGAGUAAUUUGAAAGGAAUGAUGUGUGGACUCUUGUGUCAAUGCCAGAAGGAAUCAACAUCAUCGGAACCAAAUGGAUUUUCAAGAACAAAACCGAUGAAUUUGGUAAUGUUGUAA